UUAUAGUAGGCAAUACCUCCACUAGGAGCCUGUGGUUGGUUCUCUGGACAUCAGGGGGUGAAAUAGGAAAUCCUGGGGACUUCUAUUUCUAUUGUUUAUUUUCUAUCCCAUGCCAAAUGUAAAAUUGCCAGCAUACAAGGUGUGCGUAACGCAAUGGAAACAAUGGACGCGUCCGAGAAGAAUCUAACUCACCCAAAGGACACCGAUGUGUUAAAAAAGCGCAUACCCGAUAGCAAGGAUACCACUGGGACGGAAGAUGAAUCGAAGUACGUUGAAUUUAACGAUUUACUUGAUUUGGAUACAGACGGCACGAAAACUGUCAACGUUUCUGUCACCAGUGAAGGAAGCCAAAUGGCGAUUGACGCGGGCAACUGGGAGUCGAGCGCAGAAGAAGAAACUGCUGGAUACGGAGACAAGGCGAGUAAGAUGACUGAUCAUAUCAACAGUGACACAUUUAAGGAGGAUAUUGUCGCAAAGAAGUGUGCCAAGGGCUAUCUAUCCGGGUUUCUUGGAACUGCCUGCUGCUCCAAGGUUCCUAUUCUGAAUGAAAACAUUAUGGCCAGCACCGAAUCACAACGAGCCGUUGGUAAUGGAGCGCACACCCGAGAUUUUACCCCAAAAGAGGACGCAGAAAAUACACCUGUUGAUGAACAAAAUGACAAUGAAGAUUUACAAUACACUGACAUGUUAAGCGAGCAAAGUGAAUCGGGUGAUGACGUGAGCUUGGUGCUGUUCGGUGAUUGUGAUGAUUGCGCGCCUUGCAGUUGGAAGGAUGAGUCUCAUUACAUAACCUCGCACGAGAUCCAGCUCUCCGAGCUUUCAGAUCACGAUGUCGACUAUGAUAUGGAGCAGGGUUGGGAUGAUAACCAGGUCUACUCUUUUGUCGAUUAUGCUGCUUUUGACGGUGAUGGAACGACGGCAGGGAGAGAGGAGAGGGUGAAAAGCAAUCAGGGUCUGGCUAAUAGAGGACCAGCAGUCAGCACUAAGAUGGAAAGUGAUAUCGGUGACGGUGACAAGUGCGCCAUCUCAGAGAAAGGUCUGUCAAAGAACCAGAAGAAUAUUGCAGGGCAGAUCCACCUGUCAAUCAAAACGACUUCCGGAGUUAUAAAUAAGCCUAGCAACGUCCAAGAAAAUCAAAAUAAUAUUUAUUGUGCCAAGCACGCCGCAGACAUGAGUCGCUAUGUUUUUAGAGGAACUGGGGAUGCAAAUACGGAGAAAUACUGUGAUAGUGCUAAGUGUUGUAUUGCCUCCCCCGGACGCUUGCACUUUGGUGGAAAAUUAAAAGGGAAAGAUGUUAACGACUAUUCGAGCGGGGCAUCCAGCGCCUUCAGUGAUCUUGACGACGCCGAUAAGGAAGUGCGCAACUUGACUGCCAGAGCGUUCAAGAGUUUAGCAUACCCUUAUUUCGAUGCCAUCAAUUUCAGCACCUCCAGCGAGUCCUCCACCUCCGAGCUGGGGGUGAACAGGUGGUCAACUUGUGUUGACCUUAAAUAUGGCAACAUGAACAUGUAUCAGAGACAGGGGCCGAAUAAAGGGUUUAAUACAAGUUCUACGUCAUCCUCUGAAAUUGCUAAGGUUAAAGACAAUAAAGGUUAUAAGGGUUUGGUAUUGGCUAAUACUAAUCCGCACACGAACAAGCUCUUUGCUUUGAAUGGUGCCCUUUCUGGUCACUAUAACCCAUCUUCCGCAGCAAAGAAAUGUGAGUUUACGGGGGAAUUUGGGCAGGGGCACAGUGGGAUUAUUACGAUCACAGGGACAUUAAAUGUUUGUUGUAAUGUCACAUCCGGGAUGUCUGGGAGUGAAAGGCGCUCAAAAUGUGCAAAAAACUCAACAGGAUCACGUUCCACAGAUGAAGUUACCAACGCAUUGCCAAGCGGCCAGGGGAGUGAGAACAGGAAGCAACCAUGUAAUGCAGGGGAAACCAUGGAAGACACACACAAGAAAGCAACAUUAGCCUCGAGCCUUCUUAAAAAUGUAAUUUCUAAGAAAAUGCAGUUUGAGCAGGAGCGUAAAAUGGAGAGGGGGGAAAUAAGCGAGCCCUAUCACGCGCCAUCUCCCUUUCUCAAACAAGAGCCCGAAAUUACGCACAGGGAGAGGGAGAGGACUACACCAAAGGAGUCUAAGGAUUUUCAAAGGCAGAACUCGAAAUACUCAGAGGCGAGUUCUGACCUAACUAUUGUUUGUGUGGAUGAAUUAGGGGAUUUAGUGGACACCAGCUCAUGCGAUGCCAAAGACGACUGUCGGAGACAAGACAGUUUAAUUAUUGCACCAGAAACUAAUUCAGAGUCGACAAAUGAAGUAGGAAUCGAUACUAAAAUAGGAGCAUUCGAAGCGUCCAAAAGCACGCUGCUUCGAAGUCAAAAUAGCGCAUUCAGAUCCUGGAGGGACGGUGAGCUAGAGUUUCAAAAGGAACAUAAAAACGAUAAAACUCCAGAUGAGAAACCGUCUUCGUCCACCGACAACCAGGGGGAAACGGACUUGUACACCGAUCCAGGCAACAGUAAACUUACCAAAAUGACACAUUUGCUUGUGCCAAAUAUCCAACUACUACUAUCCAAUGAGAUAGAAGUUUCAAAACCCCUGCCGACUAUGAAUUAUUUAACCCGCGCGCCCGCGGAUCAAGGAGAGGAAGGUGUGAAGUUGCGCACCAACAACGUCGCAGAUCCUAGAAGUAUUGUAACAUCUACAUCGCCGGAAAUUAAAAUCAGUUUACGGAGUGUAAAAGAAAACAAAGGCGACCCUUUCAACGUUGCAAAGCUGGUGCCUCCCAAUAUAGGCUGUAACUCAGUCAAACUGAUAAAGCCAGGAGACGAGCCCAGGUGCCAAGCGCUCGCUACGGCAUUGAAGGGUGAGUCUUCCGAAAAAUUACCACACUUCAUGGUCAGAGACAUACGAAACCACAGGGCUAAGCUGCAAACACCUAUACACAAAGUUAGAGAUGUGCGUAAAUUGGUUAAAAGUUCUUAUCACUUUGUGUCUUUGGAUAAUAACGUUACCGCCGGCGACUUUCACUCAGAUCAGAAACUUUCCAAAAAGGGAUCUUAUAGAAACCCUUCGUCGCUUCCCCCCAUCAAAAUAAAGUAUCAGUCUGUGAAUACCAAUAGCAAUGAGAAUGGGAAGCAAUCUGUAAAUCAAACAGAGAAUUCUACAUUUAAGCUCAACGAGGAUUCAUUUGAAGUUUUCAGGUCAUCACCCCAGCAAGAGGCGGCCAAAAGCGGCAACCGACGAUCGUCAGGGAGAGUGCCAUUAGGCAAUACAAAACAACUGAAAGGUGAUUCGUCCGAAUGCCCCAUUGGACUUCUAAUUGAAACCAGCACAGCUUCUAUAAGACAUGAGAAAACACUGGACAUCGGUGACAAGACAAAACCUGAGUCUAAAUUGUCCAACCUGGCUGCAUUCGAGAAAUUACACGAUGCAGUCAAAACCAUGGAGCAGUUGUAUGUUUUUGAUAGAAAUGAGUGGAAGAGGAAAUCCAAGCCACCCUCUAUAUUAUCAGACAGUCAUGCGCUCUCUCUCAUAUCCAGCAAGGAGGAUGGGUCAGAGAAGGAGGGAAGGAAUGUGGCCAGUGAGGGGGCAAUGGAGAGUUCGAGAGAGAGGGAAAGGGCCAACAGUAUGGAGGCAGACAGGCCCGUCCAGUUCAGCAGAGCCUCUGCCGAGCCCGAAAACUGCCUCACUAUCCCCGUCAAGUCUCACGACACCAGCGCCAAGCAAGCCGCCGUGUCUGCCGGCGGUGGCUAUGAGAAUACAGCCAUUUAUACCUUCGCCACCACGGGCAUCAAGACCCAGACCCAGACGGCCAGCCCACCUGGUCAUGGUGGCGCCCGGAAGCAGGAAGAGACCCGAAAGUCUCCACAGAAACGCUCCACCAUCGUCAUGAAUACGAGAGCCCAGGACACGUUAACGGCCAUGAUCUACCAGAUGCCCAUGGCUCAAAGCAUGGCGUCUGCCCAACUUCAGAUGUACUGCUUCUCCCCGGCCAUGGCCCCACAUGCCGUGCCCCACACUCAGAGAAAGAUGCUCUUUGACCCCAGCACAGGGAACUACUACCUGGUAGACACCCCUGUCCAGCCAGCCACCUGCCGCCUCUUCGACCCCGAGACGGGACAGUACGUGGAAGUGCCCAUCUCCCAGCAGCCCAUGUCCCCCAUGCCCAUGUCCAUGCCCCAAAUGCCGCCCGUGCCCAUUUCCAUGCCCAUCUCACCCUUAGCCCUGAGCCCCAGAUCCUACCCCACCUACACGAUCUACCCAGGUUUCAUGCCCGCCAUUCCCGGCAUUCCUCCCCUGAUCCCCACAAGGAUGCGGUCGCAGCUCUCCAUGCCGUCGGAGCAGGAAGACUCCGGAGACAAAGGCGGUUCCUCCCAGCCAGACUACAUGGGGAGUCCCUACUACAUGGCCAUGGGGUCUGGAAAGUCUCCCCAGGCUGGAGGCUCCAGUAUGGGCCAGGUCCAGCAGCAGGGACAGCCAGGUGUCCAGGGGUUCUCCAAUGGAAGCAGCCGGUGAUCAGCAUCACCUCCCAGCAGGGGCCCUGCAUCAUCGCCCCGCCUUCCUUCGAUGGGACCACCAUGAGCUUUGUGGUGGAGCGUAGGAGUGACUUUUGAUGUUUCCUGAUGUGUUCUGGAUCGUCCAGGGCCUCUAAUCCUAUCGCCUGGACUUUAUAGUUCAUACAUCCAUCACGGUCAUCACAGUCAUCAUGGUUAUUAGUCAUCUCAACAGACAUAGAAUUGUUAUUGCCUCACCCUUCUCUGAAGUAGGUUACCAUCCCCUUCUUCUUAUUUUAACACCUCUGUGUUAAACUUGGGAGCUUGGUUGACAUUUUGAAUUGUUAAACAAUAUCCACUCGUUAAAGGGAUAAUUUGGUAGUUUGGCAAUGAGGCCCUUUAUCUACUUUACCAGAAUCAGAUGAAGUCAUAGAUACCAUUGUUAUGUCUCUGUGUCCAGUAUGAAGGAAGUUAGAGGUAGUUUCGCGAACGAAUGCUAACUAGCGCUAGCAAAAUGACUGGAAGUCUAUGGGUAUCAUCCUCUAACUUCCUUCAUACUGGAUACAAAUCCCAAGGUAUCCCUUUAAUAAAAGCAUCAUGUUUUUA